CGGAGGCGAUCUUGGCCCUGUGCUGCUUGAAUGCAACGCUGGUCGUAGUGUGGCGGCAGGUGGAUAGGCAGGGACGCCAGCAUUGCCCCUGCUUUUGCACUGACUGGUUGAGCUCGAGGGCUGCCAGCCGUGAUUGCUGAGCCUUCAGGAAGCUAGAUCCCCUCUGCAUCGAUUGCUAGUGGACCAAUGCUGUGGUGAUUGUGCCCUCCUGCUGCUGCGCACCCCUGCUGGCUGCCCUCCCCCGCCUCCCCGCCAAUGGUGCCGUAUCUGAUGAGCGUCACGGCACUGCUGGAUGCGCAGCUGCAGCGCAUGCAGGCCUCAGUGCCGGCCCUGGACUGGGCGCUGCUGGGUGCAUACGCAGGCCCGCUAGGCCGGGUGGCGCAGGGCUGGGAUUGGCGCCUGCUGGCCGUCACACUGUGCUGCGGGUACCUGCUGUGGGAGCAGGCCCGCUACCUGCUGCGUGCGCGCUCCCUGCCGGGCCCCGCAUGGGUCCCCCCGCUGCUGGGCAAUGUGGUGGCCGUUGUGCGUGACCCGGCCGCCUUCUGGAAGAAGCAGGCUGCUUUUGGACCUCUGUCCUGGAACGCCCUUGUUGGCAAGUACAUUGUGUACGUUGCCGACGCGGAGGUGCAGCACAAGAUCUUUAGCAAUGUGCACGCGCAGGGCUUUGAGCUGAUUGGCCACCCGUUUGGCAAGAAGAUCUUUGGCGAGAACAACAUGAUCAUGAUGCGCGGCGAGCAGCACAAGGACCUGCGCCGCCGCCUGCUCCCCCUCUUCUCCGUCAAGGCGCUGGGGGUCUACGUCGAGAUCCAGGAGGCCACAAUCCGGGCGCACGUGUCACGCUGGCUGGCGGCGGAGAAGGCGGUGGAGAUGCGGCCGCUGGUGCGCGCGCUGAACCUGGAGACGAGCCAGACCGUGUUUGUGGGGCCGUACCUCACCCCCGCCAUGCGCGCCACCUUCACGCACGACUACGCCGCCUUCAACGCCGGCCUCAUGGCGUUCCCACUAGACCUCCCCGGCACCACCUUCAACAAGGGCGCGCGUGCUGUUACCAGGAUUGCGCAGACGCUGGCUGUGUGCGCCGCUGCCAGCAAGGCGCGCACGGUGGAGGGGACAGAGCCGGCGUGCUUGAUGGACUACUGGACAGCGUCGCUGCGCGAGGAGCUGCACGCGGCCGCAGAGCAGGGGCGGCCCACCCCCGAGCACUGCUCCGACCUGGAGAUUGGGCAGCAUGUCUUCGACUUCCUCUUUGCAGCGCAGGACGCCUCGUCGUCGUCGCUGCUGUGGGUGAUGGCGCUCCUGGAGGCCCACCCGGCCGUGCUGGCCCGUGUGCGUGACGAGCAGCGUGCCCUGCGCCCCGACAGGGACGCCCCCCUGAGCGCGGACCUGCUGGCGCGCAUGCGCUACACAAAGCAGGUGGCGCUCGAGGUGCUGCGCCUGCGCCCGCCCGCGCCCAUGGUCCCGCACAUCGCGGCCGUCGACUACCCGCUCACGCCCGACUACACCGUGCCCAAGGGCACCAUCGUCUUCCCCUCCGUCUUCGACGCCUCCUUCCAGGGCUUCACGGAGCCGCACCGCUUCGACCCGGACCGCUUCUCGGAGGAGCGCCGCGAGGACGUCCGCUUCAAGCGCAACUGGCUGCUCUUCGGCGCGGGGCCGCACCAGUGCCUGGGCCAGCGCUACGCCAUCAACCACAUCAUGGUGUUCAUUGCGCUCAUCAGCUCGCACGUGAACUGGGAGCGUGUGCGCACGCCCGGGUGCGACGAGUUUGCGUACCAGCCGACCAUCUACCCCAAGGACGGCGUGCACGUCACGCUCAGCAGCAGGCCCGCCAUCUAGGGCGCACCGCUGCGCCACAGCGCGAGGCUCGCCAGGGCAAGGCCGGUCAUGGGGGGCUUCCUGGGGCGCAUUGCAGGGGGAACGCUAGGCUGUCAACACCGAAAGAUAAGCAACUGUCAAUCAAGAGGGCCCAAUAUUGUCGAGAUGAUGUUGAAAGUGUUUCUUGCGUUAAAAUAAGCAGGGGGCAGUCAAUUGUGCCGCCCCCUCUUCAGGCUGAUUCGCCUGAGAUUUAGCUAGUGCAUACGAUUUACCUAAGUUACCUAGUUUGAGUUGAGCAAAUCAUUGUCUACUUUAGGACUGACGCCACGUUUCUAGACAAAUAAGUAGCAGCAACAUUCUUUUGGAUCCAUAGAUCGUUCCUAGCUGGUCUGUUGGGUCCGCGACAUUGUCGUCAACGAACGAGUGUGAAUAACCAGUGGAUAAGUUAUGCAUUGCACACUGAGCAUGUCAGAAAGAUGGUUAACCUUUCAGAUUCAUCGGCCACACCAUUCCCUUCAAAUCAAUGAUUGUUGGCUGGGCAGUCCGAGGAGUCAAUCAUCAGGCCCGACUCAGAACUUGCCAGUC